AAAGCUUUCCAAAUCAGAACUGAGGCCAUCUGACCAGAAACAUGAAGCUGCUGUCACUGUCAUUUGCUAUCUUUUGUGCCUUACAAAUUCAAAGUGCCGUUGGCUAUAACCCUGCUAAGUGUAAUGACCCCAGAAGUAAUGGUGGGGCUUGUCGAAAGCCGCCCGAGGACAAAUGGACCUUUGACAAGACUCACCGAAAAUGUGUGGAAAUAGAUUUCUUCGGAUGCCCAGAUACGCGGAACAUAUUCAAUUCUAAAAGCGAGUGCGAAAAUACCUGUUAAUAUGAUGUAAGCCCCCAGUUCCAAGGUGGAGGAAUGGCAAUUGAUUGCAUGUAAUUAUGUCUGUGCCACGAGUCGUAUGCGUAAUAAGAGUAUUAAUUAAUUCAGACAA